UUUUUUUCGCACAGCUCCCUAUCAUCAAGGACAUCCGGGAGGAGUGGACGCGGAGGGGGAGUGGCUGAGGGAGUAUAUAUUGGCCGGGCGAAGACCGAGGACCCACAGAAGAGAUCAUCGUCCCAACUCGAACAUAGUCAGUUCUCCAGCAUGAAGGUUUACGUGCUUCUGGUUGUGGUGGCGGUGGUGGUGGCCAUGGCGAGCGCAGAUGACGGUGAGCGUCAUCCCGAUGGCCGUCGUCCUCCACCUGAUGGUCGCCGCCCUCCUAAUGGUGGCAGCCCUCCCAAAGGUGGCAGCCAUAACCGUCGUGGACCUCCUCCGUGUAUCAGAUAUCUGUGUGGUGAGAAUGAAGAAUGCCCGAAAUGCGUCGGGGACAUCAUCCACGCUGGCGAGGAUGACACACUGAAGAAUCAACUUCGCGACUGCUACGACAAUGCGAACGACUGUCGGGAUGAAUCAACUGUCGACGCAAGCGCUUUGACAGACUGCAUCGCGGCUGUCAGCGAAGAUCUGCCUGCCUGUUUCCCUGCAAAAUAGACGGACCUCAGAUAAAGGAUAUUGCAUUGCAACGUUGAAUGGACACGCUCGUUCCCUAAUUGUAUUAUUGUAUUUCGUUGUUGUAUUUUCAUCUUUUUUUUAAUAUUGGAUUAUGCUCCUUGUUUCUUUUAAAGUGAACCUACAUUCUUCGAUACAUUUUCUGUCAAUAAAUAGCACCAAUAGAA